UUUAUUUGCGGCUCUCUGUCUGAGCUGGGCAGGUUUCAGAAGAAGCCGUGACGAUCCAAACACUGAGAGAGACUUUUAUUUGUACGUGCUGUAAAAGAGCGAGCGUCCUUCUUUCCAUCUGGAGGACAAGCACGGAGGUAGAGAGGUGGGAGAAAGUACCUGCCGGUCACCGGAGAUGAUGAGGAAAACCUGGGAAGUGAUCCUGAAGGACUCGUCUGAUGGGGAGGAAAACUUGACUGGGAUGUAAACACGGACCAUCGAUCUCUAAUCAGGAGUGUUUUCCAUCACCGUGAUGGCGCCACGUGAGACCUCCCUCCUGACUCACCUGCUCCUGCUCCUCCAGCUCCUCCUCCCUCUCACCCUGUCCUUUCUGCCCCCUCCUCACCACCCGCCCGUUCACGUCCCCACGCUGGUCCCUCAUGCGCCGACGCCUCUCAACCGCUCCCGCUUCAGUGCUCACACACAGCUGGACUUCACUACUCACUGUAACUCCAGCUGCUUCCACCGAGCAGAGCAGGAGGCCCGGAAGGAGCAGCUCACAGACAAGCUGGCCUUCGAGACGCUGUACGCCGACGGCUCCCGCACUCUCACUACCGUAGAUGUUGAGGUUGAUGAGGAGUUUGAAGGGGACACGGGUCACGUUGCUCACCCUCCACCGAGGUUGAAGCCCAGGCACAAACGCGUGAGGCGGCAGAUCUACGGAGCAGACGGCCGUUUUAACAUCCAAGGUGACAACUUCCUGUUGGAUUACCCGUUCUCCACGGCUGUGCGGAUCUCCACAGGCUGCACCGGCGUUCUUGUGUCUCAGCAGCACGUCCUCACAGCUGCCCACUGUGUGCAUGAUGGGAAAGAUUAUGUCAAGGGGGCGCGGAAACUCAGGGUUGGCUUUCUUAUUCCUCCGUCCAUCAACGGCACCAAAGCUGGCCUCACUUCUGCCAAGAAGCCUCUGGUCCGUUGGUUGAGGGUGAAACGCACCCGCGUGCCAAAGGGCUGGAUCCAGGGCCCUCAGGAGGUCAGCAUGGACUUUGAUUACGCCCUGCUAGAGCUGCGUUGGCCUCACAGACGUCCCUUCAUGCGGCUCUCCGUCGCUCCUUCCUCUGAUGACCUGGCAGGGAAGCGCAUCCACUUCUCUGGUUUUGACAGCGAUCGAUCAGGGGAGCUGGUGUACAGGUUUUGUCCUGUGGAAGAAGAGUCCAGUGACCUGAUAUACCAGCACUGCGAUGCCCGGCCUGGAGCGAGCGGCUCUGGAGUGUAUGGAAGAGUGUGGGACAACAGUUUAGAGCGCUGGGAAAGAAAGGUCAUCGGCAUUUUCUCUGGACACCAGUGGCUGGAGAUAGACGGGGAAAACCGGGAUUACAAUGUGGCUGUGCGCAUCACUCCUCUGAAGUUUGCUCAGAUCUGUUACUGGGUACACGGUAGCCGACUAGACUGUCUCCAGGACUAAGAAUUACACAAGUAGGACAAAAGGAGGUUUUGGAAGUAUAGCACGAAAAACACAAGAAAGCACUAAGUGACUGAAAAAAUACAGGGUGAAAUGUUUUAUUUCCCCUUAAGAAAGAAGAGUGAAACAGGAUUAAAUCCACAUAAAAAUAACACCCUUUCACUGAUACACCAGUAGAGCAGAUCUACUCACUUACUUUUGGAUCAAGUUCCCUGUCACUGAGUUAUUCCUCUCAUGUGUUUCAUUUGCUCCCUUGUAACCUCUGGGCCUAUUAAACGAAUCUGCCUGUGAGAUCAUCACCACAGCAUCUUUUAAUAAGUUCUUGCCCGCAGUCAGAUUAAUAACACACUCAGUGUUUCCACAGUAUUAACAUCAACCACUUUUUUACAAGAAGGAAAAAAAACACUUUUCCUCGCGUGUGCAGUGUGUCAGUAGCACCAAAUCAUUUUCCUACUGUGGAUGACGGCACUCUAUUGACAUUCUGCCUUUACAUCUUUCCCUCUUCUCUUGUCUGACUUUGGGGUAUUUUUGUAGCUCUUCAAGGAUCAUUCAGUUUUUGGACACCACUGAUGCUUUUCGACAUGUUUCAGCAGACCGUGUGCGUUUCUCAGAGUGGACCUGAGAGACAGAGUGUUAAUUUUAUUUUUUGGAAAAUGCUUGAUAUAUUUUAAUAAACAGAGAUUUC